AUUCCCUGGGUAUCGAGAGCGCUGAUAGUGGUGAGCAAGGACCUCCCCUCGUGCAGGACGGGCCAGGUGCACGCCGCAUUCGGCCGGCAGCCCCGUGCGGAGCAGUAGUGCGGAGCACCAGGACGCACCCGGGACGCACGCGACAGGACACCGACGGGACUAGAGCCAUGGUGCCACCUCUGAUGGCUCGUCCCUGCCUCCUGGUGCUGGCCCUGGGGUUGCUGCUGGCGGCCGCCUCACCGCUGCCGGCGCCACGACGCGACCUCCCCGUCGAGGCCGGCAGCCGCCAGGCCUCGUUCGGCAGGAGCGGCACCGUGGGCAUGGCCGCCCCGGUGCUCCCCCGGACCCGCGGGCCGGCGCGCCGGCAACAGGCCGCCGAGAGGACCGCGCCAGGCCCGGCCACGGCCACGGCCGACCCUGCGGACACCAACCCCUACCGGCUACCGCUGAACCUGCGACCCACCACCUAUAACAUUAUCCUGACCCCCAAGCUGUCGGGAGACUUCACGUUUACCGGCCAGGCACAGAUAUUCUUCAACGCGCUCGAGUCCACGGAUAAGAUCGUCCUGCACGCCAAGGACCUGGACCUGGGCGACGCUUUCGAAAACAUCAACUUGAAUAUCAUGGACGACGAGGGUGAUCCGAUAUCCUUCUGCAACAUCAAGUCGAUGGAGAUCAACAAAACAACGGAGAUCGUCACCCUCGUCGCGGAGAAGACGCUGGAGGCGGGCUCGCGGUUCUCCAUCGAGUUUAUGGCCUUCACGGGCAAACUGAACGAUGACUUGGACGGCUUUUACCGCUCCUCCUACGUAGACAGCGCGACCGGCGAGAAGAGGUGGCUCGCCACCACGCAGUUCGAGCCCACGGGCGCCCGGCGCGCCUUCCCCUGCUGGGACGAGCCCAGCUUCAAGGCGCGCUUCAACAUCAUGAUCAACCGCGACCCCAAGCUCACCGCCCUCUCCAAUAUGCCGCUCACCAAGUCCGGACCCAGUGAGUUCGAGCCGGGCUACGUCAUGGACACGUUCGACACCACCCUGCCCAUGUCGACGUACCUGGUGGCGUUCAUCGUGUCCGACUUCAGCAGCGUGACCAACGCCGAGAAGAACUUCACGACCUGGUCGCGCAAGGACAUCCUGGCCGGCAGCGACCUGAGCCAGGACGUGGGCCCCAAGGCCCUCAAGCUGCUGGCCGAGUUCAACGGCGUGCCCUACUCGCUCACCAAGAUGGACCAGGCCGCCAUCCCGGACUUCGCGGCCGGCGCCAUGGAGAACUGGGGGCUGGUCACGUACAAGGAGUCGUACCUCAUCGAGUCGGCCUCCUCGACCGUGCAGCAGGUGGAGAGGAUCGCCACCGCCAUCUGCCACGAGUUCGGCCACCAGUGGACAGGUGACCUGGUCACCCUGGACUGGUGGGAGCACACGUGGCUCAACGAGGGCUUCGCGUCGUUCUACGAGAACUUCAUCUGCGCCGAGAUCCACCCCGAGUGGAACCUGGAGGACAAGAUGCUGCCCGCCUUCCUGCACGAGGCCAUGGAGAGUGACGUGCGGCCCGACCAGGUCGCCAUGAGCGCGCCCGUCGAACGCAACGACCAGAUCGAGGACCGCUUCGGCGUCAUCUCGUACGAAAAGGGUGGCUCUGUGCUGCGCAUGUUCUACCACGUCAUCACCCCGGAAGUGUUCAAGAAGGGCAUGCAGCGGUAUCUCUCUAUCAACAUGUUCAAGAACACGAAGCCGGAACAUUUCUUCAAGGCAAUGGACUUCGUAAUCCAACAGUCCGGCCUCCAUCAAAUCCCGAAAGGCGUCAGCUUCGGGGACGUCGCCUCGACGUGGACGGAGCAGCCCGGCUUCCCCGUCCUCAACGCCAUCCGCGACUACGCCGCAGGCACGGUGUCCUUCACGCAGCAGCGCUUCCUGUACUCCGCUCCCAGAUCAGACGACGCAAACGACGUGAGCCAGGAGUACUACAUCCCCCUUGUGGUCACCUCCCAGGCCAAGAAGGACUUCAAGAGCGGCGUGCCUGAGGGCUGGUUGGACCCCGGCGUUUCCAGCUCCGAGCUUCCGACGAACGCGGCCGAGAAUCAGUGGGUGAUCGUUAACCCUGAGCAGACCGGCUACUUCCGCGUCAACUACGACGAGCAGAACUGGCGCCUACUGGCCGCGGCGCUGGCCGCGAGCCGGUCCGACUUCCCGCCGGCGACGCGCGCGCAGCUCCUCAACGACGCCACCGCGCUGGCCCACGCCGGCCAGCUGGACUACUCGCUCGCCCUGUCCAUCUUCGAGGCCUUCAAGGGAGAGCGCGACGUCGCCCCCUGGCAGACGGCCAUCGCCGCGUACCAGUACCUGUACUUCAGGCUGGGCACGACUGACGCAUUCGCCGGCCUCCAGAGCAUGCUGCAGCGCAUCACCCAGGACGCGUACGCGGAGGUGGGCUACACGGCGCAGGCCUCAGACCAGCACGAGACGAAGUUCCUCCGCCUCCUCAUGACGAGCUACGCCUGCCACGCGGACAACGCCCACUGCCUCGCCGACGCCGCCGACGCCCUCAAGACCUGGCUCGUGGACCCCGUCAACAGAAAGCUGCAGUCCGACACCAGGGCGACGACCCUCUGCUACGGUGUCCGUGGCUCCGAUAAAGACACCUUCGAGGCCGUGAGGAAGCUGUGGCAGGCGGCCACGCCAGCCGACCGCUCUCAGUAUAUCUCGGCCCUCGGCUGCUCCAAGGACCCCGCGCUUCUCACGAGCCUUCUCUCGGACGCCAUAACCGACAAGUACACCUUUGACGAUGGCGUAGACAUCUUUAACAACCUCUUCAACCGCCUCGAGAAUCACAAGGUGUUCGUGGACUUCAUGAAGGCCAACGCGGAUGCGGUUGCCAAGAAGUUUAAUAACGACUUUGACGUGCAAGUCAUUAGUGAACUGAUCAAGGACAUCAGGUCAAGGGAGGAGAUUUGCGAGUACCGCGUGUGGGUCGAGGCGAAGUACAUGAAUGACGUCGCCAAGUGGAGGACAUUAAACGCGGCCUUCGAUGCGGCCGAGAGAGAACUAAACUCCUGGUACGACAAGUUCUACCCCACCGUGUCCGCUUGGCUUGCAACCGAUACCCCCACCGACUCCACCUCCUCCACCCCCGUAAACCCCACUAACCCCACCAGCCCCAACUCCACCCC